AUGGCGGUCAUCACGUCUGGUCCAUAUUUGCAUCUACUAGUCUUAUGCGUGUUUGCCUGCAUCCUCAUACCGGCUCUGUCCCUCUACGGUCAGACCUCGUUUGAAUACAGUAAAGGGGUCGGUUCUCAAGUCAUAGGGGCCGUCACAUCACAUAUCGAUAAGUGGAAGAACCCUAACAAAGAACCUGGGGUUCGCGAUGAGUACCUAGCCAUCUGCCUCGCUGUCAGGGACCAGGCUCUCGACCUGCCCGAGUUCCUGCAGCAUCACUACCACGCCAUGGGCAUACGGCGCUUCUAUCUGCUCGACGACGGCUCGAGCCCGCCGCUCGAGGACAGCCUCGAUACCUAUGGCGUCCCCGCGGAGGCCGUGACCUUCGUCUACUACGACGAGACGCAGCGCGUCGGCCAGAUGCAGUACAAGCUCUACAACGACUGCGCGCACAACCACGGCGUGAACCACACCUGGCUGGCCUUCAUCGACGCGGACGAGUUCCUCGACACGCCCGGCGGCGAGCCCCUGGAGUCCGUCCUGCGGGGUCUGGAGCGGGACCGCGGCGAAGAGGUCGGUGCCCUGGGCAUCAACUGGCAGAUGCACACGUCCAACGGCCAGCUGUUCCGCGCCGCGUCCGCCCGCGAGGCCUACACGCAGUGCAUAUACGACGACCCCGAGCACGGCGGCGACGGGUCUGACAACCGCCACGUGAAGAGCAUCGUCAGGGUCAGGGACUACGUAAGCCCCAUCAACCCGCACAUGUUCCGCUUGGCCCCUGGGAAGAUCACGGUCGGGGAGGACGGGAACAAGAUCGACCACUUCGCCUUCAGGCAGCCGAUCACGAGGGAUAGGCUGAGCCUGCACCACUAUGCUGUCAAGAGUAAGGAGGAGUACGAGGAGAAGAUGAUGAGGAGUAACGCUAUGGGCCAGCCCAAGGAUUGGGCGUUCUGGAAUCAUGUUGAAAAUGAACUGCCACAUGUACCCUGCGAGGAUAUGUUGAGGUGGGUAGAUUCCAUCUUGCCAGGGGGUUUGGAGCCCAGCUAUUUGGAAGCAGAAAACCGAACACUCUUCCAGGGUCUUGCUGAAGUCCAAGGGGCGGAUUUCCGUAUCAGUGAAGUACUGUCAUAG